GCACCAAUAUGAAGGCUUUCAUGGACGUGCUGGAGCUGCCUCCACCUUAUCUAACUGUUACCAGUGAUCUGUAUCCCCACAGUGGGAGGCUUCCUGAUGUCACCUACAGGAAACCAUGGAUCCGAGGAGAGGUGUUUUCUUCCUGCCAACUCUUUAUCAGUUGUUCGGUUCUAGAUGACCUUGGUGGAAAUAAUGAAAUAGGGAACUCACUGGAAAGAUUUACUGUAGAAAAGGAUAUGGAGACAGUCUCCAGCUCUAAUCCUGACUCCCUGGACCAGGAUCAGUAUGUUUUCCUUCUCAAACACCCGAUUGAAGAUACAUGUCAGGAAAUAUUUUCUAAGUGUACAACUGACCAACAGGGUCCAGAAAGUAAAGAUCUCUUUCUUUCUGAGGAGAUCAUAGCUCCAGAUUUGCUGUCGCAGUUAAAAAGACAUGUACCCUCUCUGGAAGCCACACUGUCCAGACUUAAAACGCUUCCCGUCGCCGACCCUCUGCUGAACUCAGCAGGAAUCGCCAUCUCUGAGGACUCUAUGUUCAGCUGCUUCGGACGAUGCGCAUCCUAUCAGAAACCUCCAGGUGACAACAUCAACAAAAACACGUAUGGAGAUGUUCAGGAGGAGUUUGUUCAACAACCACUCUUAGAGACAGAGUCUCUGCUGUUAUCACCUGUAGUCGACCGUUUCCAGCUUAACCCUCAAAGCUACAUGGCUUUUUGCAGUGUCAGCGGUUUUGUUAACAGUUCUCCAGAACCGCUGGACAUGCAGUGUUCUGUCCUGGAUCUGCUUCGCAGAAUGUCUUUUUCCAAGGUUUCAGUGGAUAUUUCUCAGUUUGAUUCAAAACAAGAACAAAGAAAAGAAAACAGGUUAAGAGGAAAACUUGCUGAGUUACAAAGCCCAGAGGAUAUUGUGUCUCCAGCUGGAACAGAACUGGACCUCAUUCUCAGUCCAAUUCCUAAGCAGAAGCAAGCCUACAUCAAUAUGUCCACAUCUCAUCUCCAGAGAGAAGAGUUGCCUCCGUUUAGUCCUAUAUCUUUGCUGCCGACAGAAACUCAGACUAAAAUGAAUAAAACUGUUUGGAACUCGGAGAAGCAUCUGACCUCUGUUAUGCGUUUCCUGUUGUCAGAGCUGUCUGUAUAUGAACCAUCUGUUGGUUUUCAGCCUGUGCCUGAAGCGCUGGGAUUUAUUAAAUUACAAAAACAAAGCUUCAGCUGUGACAAUGACCUACUGGAUUUACAUAUGGAGCCAGGAACACCAGAGAUAGUUCUGGGUAAACAUCUAGAAUUCGUCGAGAGGAUUAUGUCUGAGGUUCCUUCCAACAAACAGGUGGAAAAGGAAGACUUCAGAAGAAUGUUCCCUGAAGAUGAGCAGGGAGAGAAUCUGAUUAGAGUUGACUUUUCUAGUGUGGAUUCUCCAAACAAAACCAAUCUUCAAAAAGAAGCAUAUGUUGAUUCAUCUCAGAGCUCGUUCUCAGCAAACAUUGCUGCUACAAGCAGUCAUGAACAAAGUUCUGCCAUUUUCACCAGCAGAGUCGAAGACAGGGACUCAGAUAAGAGACCUUCAGAAUCUGCUGUUGGUUCAUCUGCUUUUAAAAACAGCAGCAGCAUCGACACGCAGUUUAAGACCCAGCAGAGCUCUAACAGCUCUGAGCUGACUUUGUCCACUGGAUCAAUUAUCAGAGAUAAUCAGAGGAAUUUGAUGCUUAAUAACCUCGACCCGCUGUCUGCCUUUAUGAUGCUGAGGUCUCAGCAGGUACUUUUAGUUGGUGCAACGUCUUCAAGUUCAAGCAUCUCUGCAGCAGCAGAGAUGAAUCAUCCAUCACCAGAGAAGGAGCAGCAGCCACCUCCAGAACAGAUAAGGAGCACAGACAGGAGGCCUGCAUACAUGAGCAUCGCUGUGGUAGGAGAUGCUUUUAGAGAGCAGAACCCUGCUGCUCAGCUCGAGGGUCGCUCUGUCUGUGACUCAAACCCUGAGGAGAAACAUCACAGCCGAGUCAUUCAGGUUCAGCCUACAGAAAGUCAGCAGCAGGCCUACAAUGAGCUGCUGGCCUUUGCCCAGCCGUGCUUGAGUUCUGCCAGACAGCUGGGGCUCAACUUCCCCUCGUGGGGAGACUUCAGCUGCUUGGCCCCGGACCAAACUCAUUUCCUGCUGAAGCAGCAGGAGAGGGCCCUCUGCAGGACCCCAGCAGAGAGCACAGAGCUCAUCCGGGACCAGGAGCAGCUUUGUAACCUGGUUGCCCUCAUCCAUGUGUUAGUGACAUUCAAAGAGCUGCUGCUGAAGUGUGACCUGAGCAUAGCUGUGGAGUACCUGACGAAAGCAGCUGAGGCGUGCGUGGAUCAAAGCCUGAUGAAGCUGCUGAGGAGGCUGCAGAUCAUCCUCUUCCUCAGCCAGAAGGAAGAAUCCAACUUCAAACUGCUGGAACUUCAGCAGCUUUUGGCUGAAUGGCUUGGAGGCAGAAAAGGAAACAACAAUGCAGAGAAAAUGCUCAUCAUUCUCUCUGUGGAGUCUCAUGAAACCAAAUCUGUGAUAAUCAGCAACUUGAGUAAAGUUUGUGGAGCUGCUGUGAGAUCGGUUUGUCCCGAUGAGGCACAGAAGAAACUGAACGGUGCCAGUGUGGUCAGCCUCGUGUGUGACAGUGAUUGUGUACUGGUGUUUGAGCAACAUAUCGGCCCUGACUUCCCCUGGAGCUGUUUCUCUCUCUUGGUGGAAUAUGACCAUCCAGGCCAGUCCCCCUGGUUCACCGUCUGCAGUGAGAGGAGCAUCAGACACCUUUCCUUCAUCACUAGCUGCUCCAAUGCCGAUUCUGACAAAGUAUUUUGGUCUCUGGAGGAAAAAGUCCCGUUUGUGUUGUUAGUGACUGAGGGGCUUCUGAAAUCUCCUCUGCUGCUGCAAACACUUGAGUCAGGCUUUGGUGUAACUGUGUUGGAAAGGAGUCUCUGUCCCACACUGCAAAAACUCGGAGGGAUCCACAGUUAUGCUGUGAUCACAGUGGAUGAAAGCACCGCCAUCAUCAUACAGGAUCAGGAUGAACUGGGUGAUGAUGGAGCCAGUGAGGGACUGGUGAUAAGGCUGAGUGCUCUCUCUCUGCAAUACAGCUGCUGUUGGCUAAUCCUGCACUGCCCUGACAGUCAGAGUGGAGGAUUUUCAAGCAAUGCCUUUAACAACUUGGUGUUGGUUUAUUCGUCUCUGGUUCUGUUCGGCAUGAAGUCAGAGGAACUGGAAGUAAAGGUUCUGAUUGUAACAGAAGUUUUGGAAAUGGCCCAAUUUAUUAAGCAGAUCUGCUUCAAGACGCUGAUGUCUAAAGACGGGGAUCCUCUGAUAUACCUGGACAGAAACUGGCUGACUGUGAGCCCAUCUCAGGAGGAGGAGUGUCUGUCUCAGUUUCCGUGCAUAAACCCCCUGGUCAGUCAGCUCAUGUUAAACCGAGCUCCAUCCCUCCAGUGGCUCCUGGAGGCAGAUCUGCAUCAGCUGAAGAAGUUACUUCCUGAGAUUCCUCAUAAAGUCCUUAAGUUGUUCAGUGACAUCACCUCCUUAUACUCAAGGAAUGCAGAGCCUACAGCCCCUCAGCCAACCAUUAACAAGUCAGAACAACGCAGCGCGUCUGUUCAAAGUCUUGAAAUGGUUGAUGCUGGGUUUGAGUUCAUGAGCUGUCUGCAUCCAGAGCAGUUCAGCUGCGACCAAAACAGCAGCUUCCUAUGUGAACCAAUGAAGACAGACGACCUGUUUCCCAUCUUUAAGCCAGACUCUUCGGACUUUCAUUUUGACCUGAGUGGUUCCUUUGGGAGCCCAGGUUUUGACCUCCAGAAAAGCUGGACCAGCAGAGAUCCAUGCAAGGAGGAAAAUGAGUUCCCUAUGUGGAGAAGUAGAGCUGGAGCAGCAGGCAGAGUGGUCAAAAGAUUGAAUGAAAUGUGGACGUCAAGAGACUCCCCAAAUAACAUAGACACAGCUGAAAGCCAAGUGAUCCCGGGCCCUUCGUUAGGUUACAGCCCCUUCCUGCUGCAGCCAGCCAGCGGUCAGGCACUCCCCCGUCCCUUGAUCUACACCAACCUCCAGCAUCCUCAGAGCCAGCCCUUCAACUACAGUCAGAGCCCACCUGCAAGCAUCAUGUGGGAUCAGAGCUACGAUCUUAUCUCUGGGAAUGGAGGGACAGCAGCGUAUUCCUCCUUUGGGCACAGGUUCUGGAAACGCGAGGAAAGGAAAAGGAGUGGAGAUGCAGCUGGUCUGGUUGGACCAGUGCUGUCUCCACUGAAGAAGGGAAGGCUGAGCUAUGAGAGGGUACCUGGGAGAAAAGAUGGACAGACGAGGUUGAAACUGUUUUAAUUUCAGUGUUCUGCUCUUUGUCUAGGUAUUUUCUUAAGUUUCACUGUAAUUUUUUUGUCUUCAUAGAUGUUUUGUGGCAGUGUUGUGUUUUUGUGUUGCUCUCUGUUGCCCCCUUGUGCCAGUCUCCUUUCCCCUAUCUUCUAGUUGCUUCCAUCCACACCUGCUCCUCGUCUGCUGAUUAGCCCAGUCAUUGUUCUGUCUCCAAUUUAUACUCCUGCUGUGCAGUUUCUCAGCGUUUCUUUGCUCCUCGUGUGUGUUUUACUGACGUCUCCUGGUUUUUGGUUUUCUAUAUUUUGUUUUUGGACUUUGCUUCUGUUGCCUUGGAUCUUCAUUAAUCAGCAAAAACUCAUCUCUGCCUCCUUCUACUCUGCGUUUGGGUCCACAACCACAUCCACCACCAGUUGACACUAAUUUUUAACAAGAGAAUUUUAACAUUUUAACCUACUUUAUCCUGUUCCAUGUAUUAAAGUUUAUCUAUUCCUGUUUUCCUUCUUUAAAAAAAAUGUCUAAAACUGAGUGAACUAAUCUGGCUGUGAUAUAAAGCAGCUGAUUGAUAUGUUAUUGUGAGGUUAAGGCUUUUACAGAACUGUGCUCUCUUUAAAGGAUUUAAUAAACUGAGACAGUCUAUUUAAUUGCUUCAGUUAUCUUGUAAAUCCUUUUUUUAAUCUGGGAUA